CCCCCCUCUUCAACUGAACAAUGGACCCCCAGUUGCGAACUGAGGCAAAGAAAAAAAAGGCCGUCAGGUGCCCCUGCAUUUUUAAGCGUAUUGUACGUACGAGUACAGCAGAAUAUUACCAUGGCACAAUAUUUAUGACUUAUGACACCUCGUUUGGGGCCGUUGCAGACUGAUAGCCCAUUAUAUUGCGUUGAUAUCAUGAUAAAAAUCAAUGCCAAGAUACCGUGCGAUGGGAGAGCCUCCCCGCUAUUAGGCAGCACUGGCCCGAUAGCAGGUUUGCCUACCUAUCCCACUUUGGCGGGGUAUAAAACCCCCCCGCUAUUGGGCUAGAGCUCUCAGAAUCUCCAUCAACCGCUAACCAUCACAACAAAUCGCUACUCGAGCACUUUCACGCUUACGAACAGCAUCGCAUCACCCUACCGACUCGAACUAAAAACGUCAUAGCUGUGUCUGCCCUAUCUAUCAUACCCUUAUCUACUCGAGUACUGCAGACUGGUCAAACCCUACUAUCCACCCCUCUGCGUUCAUUCAAAACUGCCUUAAAACCCCCCCCCAACAUCACCACCGAAAAACCUUCACCAAAAACAUCUCAUAAUGACUCACUACCUCCAACGAUCAACCAGAAAGUCCGAUUUACCAAUCCCCCUAGACUACCGGGUGAUAGACGUGCUCCUGGAGCUCUGCCGGAAGGGCGAACUCAAAGAGCUGCAGGAACUGCUCUUCACGCUGGCGAAUGAGGCCCCGCCCUCGGUCCUGCCCCUGGACCUCCUGACCGCCUCCAAAGGCAAAGAAUCAUUGAACAACACCCUCCACAUGGCCUCCGCGAACGGUCAUUACGAGGUCGCCAGAUACCUCCUAACCCUGCUCCCCAGGCCCACCCCGACAAACCCAAACCCACACAAACCGCAUGCAUUCCCCACGGUCACCAAUAAUGCCGGGCACAACGUUCUGUUCGAAGCCCAGUCGGCUAAUAAGGAGGAUGUAGCCAAGUUCCUCUUGGAAACAUGUCCGGAGUUGGCGGCCCCUAUCGGACGUACGGAGGAGGUGGUGAUGGAGGGUGAAGGGGAAGGGGAAGGGGAAGGGGGAGCGGCAGAAAAAGGGAAGGGGAAGGAAACCGAAGGGGUCACCGGGGGAAUGGGAGAGCUGGAGAUUUCUGCUGGAGAUACUAAAACUAACAAGGCUGGGAACGCUUGAACAGUGAGGUGGUUAGCUAGUCUAGUUAGUUUCUUCCAUGCCUUUCAUAUUCUACAAGCGUUAUACCCUAG